AUGGAAUUGGAUUUGAAGGAUGGCAUGUGUCGUUGUUGUGCUUCGGAGGGGUCCUAUAAGGACUUCACGGCGUCUUACCAAUGGAUGGGUGUUGAAGAAGUGUAUUCCGACAUGUUGAAAGAUUGCUUUGAUAUUACGCUUUCCACAUCAAACAUGAAUAAUGGCGGUAUAUGUGAAGUCUGCAUCACACAACUCCGGAAUGCAUUUAACUUUAAGAAACAAGUGCUUAACACAGAGGAACAAUUUAAGAAAUUACAAGAAAAUCUUCUAAAUUCUGACAUAGUGAAGAUCGAAGAAGUACAAGCUGAUGUAGAUGAUACAUUUGAAGCUGAUGAUGACAAUAUGGAUGCAGACUUUUCUGGUUCAGAAUACGAUUUGCCCAUAAAAUUAAUAAAAAAGGAAAAAUACGAAGAAUCAAAGCCUAAGAAACGAACCCGAGCUUCCACCUCCAAGUCUAAGAAAAACAGCGAAGAAUCUGGCGAAACGUCGGCCAAACGAACGGACGGCGCCGCGUCCAACCGCAAGCGAAAGAAUAAGACGUCAGAGGAAAGCGCCACGCCAGAGCGCAUUGAGCACAGGGUUAAUCUCACCACGAUCCUACAGUUCUCGAACGCGACCCCAUUCAGGAAUAAAACCGUCCGCGGCUUCUCCUGCCUCUACUGCGCCAAAAACUUCACCGAUAUCCAAGACUUACGCGAGCACGCUUCCAAUCAAAAGGAAAAAGACAAAAUCAACACGAUGCUAGACUACAAACUGAGCUACAAUCCAAUCAAAUUAGAUGUCACGAAUUUGAAGUGUAGGUUGUGCGAACGGCCCAUGAGGGACCUAAACGACCUCAAGGACCACCUAAUCAACGAACACAACAAGAGGAUACACAAGGACAUAAAAGAUAUAAUCCUUCCGUUCCGCCUGGAGUCGGGGCAGAAUUACACCUGUGUGAUCUGCUCGGUAGUUCACAUAUCUUUCAAAAACCUCUACCAACACAUGAACAGUCACUACAGGAACUACUGCUGCAAGAAGUGUGGCACCGGCUACGUAACGAUAGCGGCGUUGCGCAAGCACGACAAGACCCACUACCAGGGCAAUUUCCCGUGCUCGCACUGCGACAAGGUGUUCAUGUCACAAACGAAGAAGAGGAACCACGAGAAGGGCGUCCACACCGGCGGCUGGCGGCGCAACAAGUGCCCCCAUUGCCCCGAAGUCUUCGUCAGUUACUACGACCGCAGCGAACACAUGGUUAAAGUACACAACGAGCAACCCCUAAUAUUCCCCUGCAACGCGUGCAAUAAGACUUACAAAAAGAAAUUCGAGCUCAACAGGCAUAUAAAGAACCACCACCUACAGCAGAAAAACUACCUGUGCGACAAGUGUAACGCGAAGUUCGUCUCGAAACGCGGUCUCAUCGACCACAUGGCUAAGCACACCGGUCUAAUCGAUCACUGCUCGUGCGACAUCUGCGGAAAAACCUUCCUCCGCCAACGGACGCUCAAGGAGCACCUCAAGCUGCACGCGAACAACAAGCGGUACCAGUGUGAGGUUUGCAAGAAGACGUUCAUGCAGAAGUGCGGCCUCAAGAGCCACGUCAAACUGCACCAGGACGAUCUGGACAUUUUCAAGGAGUUCGACGAUGUCAAGCACCUGAUCGAUAACCGGGAGAUGACGCUGAAGGAGAUCGCAGCGGAGAGUAAGAGGAAAGCGGAGGAGGAGAAGAUUAAAGAAACGCUGUCGUAG